ACAGCCAAGGACUGGAAUGGCCUUCCGCCCCACGUCGUGCACCACCCCAGCCCCGCUCUGUUAAAGCGCACAUCGAACAAACCCUGUACGACCGUUUUAUCGGCGAGCAGGAACGAAGCCUCGAACCAGCGCGCCGCGCUGCUCUCCUCCUCGCAUUGGGAGUGCUGCAGCCGUGUACCUGGCCAGUAGCACUGUCAGGAGUGUGGCAGUCGCCUUUAGCUGAAGCCAUGUUAGCGCUCAAGGACCUGCUCAACACAUUGGGCGCAGAAAUACUAUGCACAGAAGAGCCGUUCCCGGGACCAGUGGACAUGCGUGCCGACUACCUGUUCAGUGCGAGCCUGGCUGUUGUCGACGAAGCGGAUCUGGUGCUGCUGCUGGGCACCAACCCACGCUGGGAAGCUACAACGCUCAAUGCACGCAUCCGCAAAAAUUGGCUGUCCAACGAGCUUCAGGUAGCGGCUGUUGGCCCACCCAUCGACUUUACCUAUGAUAUGAGCAGCUGGGUGACAGCCCUGCCACAUUGCAGGCCCUAGCAUCAGGAUCGCAUCCUUUCUUCAAAGUGAGUCCUGCUGGGGCUGUGCUCUGUUCAGAAGGCCCACGAGAACAGUGCAGCUUGUUUGCAUUCUAUACAUGUGAGCACCUCAGCUGGGUAUGAACAGUUAAAGCUACCAACAAUACUUCACACUGAGAGGCUGUCUGGGAAUUUCAUUAGAGGAACAAGGAUAUGAACCCGA